GGAAACUCCAAGUCUCCAACGAGAUAGUGGUCUGACGAAUAAUAGCCAAGGCCCUAUCACCCCCGCAUUUCGAUACGAUCCUUCAGUGACUCCAAUUCUAGUCCUGUUGGAGAUGCCUCAUUCCUGGACUCUGCAUGAUCAUGCGCGGCGUCGACUAUCGCUACCAGCAUGACGGAUCCUAUUACGCGUGCUCGCACCGGAUGCUGGACUUGUCGUGCGCGGAGAGUCAAAUGUGACGAGACGCAUCCUGUAUGCCGUCGCUGUACACGAACAAAGUCUUCCUGUGGAUACGGCAUUAGACUAACGUGGCACGAAGAGUCUAUUGCUCGAGGAGUCUGUCAUGGCAGAUCGACUAAGCACAGCCCUAGCAGGAAGAACUUCAACCAGCCAAAUAGCUCCCAUCGAAAGGGAGAUGCAAGAGAGCCAUCUUCUAAUCAAGCCUGUGCGUGGGCGUUUCUGAAUACAUCGGUCACUGACCUCGAGAUUUACUUCAAUCUCCGGCAUGAUAGUCAGAUAGAAGACUUGAUAAAGGGACCGCCGCCAACGAUAAGCACACUUCCAAUGAGCCGAUCAAAACACGACCCCACGUUGAUGUCGUACUUUGAACGCAUCAUCUGCAGCAGCUCUACCCUAGUCGACAACGCGCACUGCAAUCCAUACCGUUAUUUGAUCUUGCCCAUGGCGCUGGCCUCAGACGGGCUGUACCAUGCUACUCUGGCAAUUGCUGCGAAUACUCUGCGACUGUCGAAUCCUUCAUAUCGUGUUCCGGCUCUAGAGCACCACCACCACGCCCUAGGAUAUCUACGUUAUUUACUAGGCAAAGACAGAUGGACCGACAGAGAACUGGACGAGAUGACGGGACUCGUCCUGAUGUUAUGCUGGUUCGAGAUCUCCGACAACAGCUGUUCCUCCUGGGUAACCCAUCUAAACGGAUACCAGGAACUGCUUCGCGCACGACAGCAUCGGCAAGCAACAAGAUCUCACUCUCAAUCAGUCCAUAGUGAACAGCUCUCUAGCUUCUUCAACCGGUAUUUCGCAUUCCACUUUGUACUGGCGAGGACUGCGUUUCGGCUGGAUGACUCGGUGUUUGCACAGCCGAUGCUGGGGCUGACGAACGAUGAUAUGUCGGAAGAGAGUGAAGCUGAUAUCAUUGACCCGUACAUGGGACUGAGUCACUCCUUAUUGCUGCUCAUUAAUCAAGUUGCCCAGAUUGCCUGGGACAAUAGGGGCAGUGGGAGUGAUAUUCUACAACUCAAAGAGCGUCUAGAGAACUUACACCAGAUUCCACCGCCGUUAGACAACAACGCAGAGGCAGAUACAGAGUGCGUCGCCAUCGCAGAAGCAAAUCAACUCGGGGCAUUACUUCUCCUGUAUGAAGUCUGUACUGGAAAAGACACGAAAAAUGACAGAGGGAGCUCCCGGUGUCUUCCAAUCCUGGAUCUAGGCGGAAAGGCUCACUGUGUCAAGCGCAUUUUAUCACUCAUAUUGGAGAAGAAAACGAGCAUGAUGCGCACGGCGGUCCUGCCGCUCUGGCCGCUGUUCUUGGCUGGUUGCUGUGCUCCUACCGAUGUAGAGAGGGUGAUUGUGAUGCAGUUGUUUGAGGAGUUGGAAGGGAUACGGAGGCUUGGGAAUAUUGCACCGGCGAUGGAGGUGGUGCAGAUGGUCUGGCGACAGCGGGAUUUGGCUGCACAGGACGAGAGGAAAAAGAGUGAUAGAGGCCUGACACGGUUUGAAUGGGAGCGUGCUAUGGCGAUGCUGGGGGAUUGGAAGCUGAGCCUUACAUAGUCUGACUUAACAAUGAUCAAUUACAGCUUAGCCAUCUGUCUUCAC